CGGCGGCGGGCGCGCGAGUCCGGCGCCUCCUCCCGGCCGCAGCGCUAGGCAGGCAGCCGCCGCCCGGCCUCGCAGCUCUCCCCGCCUCCCGGCCCGCCCUCCGCCGGGAGUGAGCGGCGCCCCGGCCGCCGUCCGGGCGCGCGCAGCCAGAGGGCGCGACUAUGCCAAGAUGGUCCUGCAGGCGCGGAACAAGCACCGGGAGGCGGCCCCCAAGUCGCCCCAGCCGCCCCGCGCCUCGCAGUCGCCGCGGAGGGGGACGCCGGACGCCGGAGAGCCCGGGCCCGAGCGCGCGUCCCCGUCCCCCGGGCGCAAGGGCGCCGCGGGCAGGAAGGGGCCCCGUGCCGAGCCCGCCGCGCCGCCCUCCGGGGGUGGCCUCGGGGGGCGCCUGGCGGCCGGGCUGCGCGGGGCGCUGGGCCUGCGGCGCGCGGGGCGCGGACGGACCUGGACCACGCUCCUGCUAGCUGCUGUUGCCGCCGUGCUGCACUGGAGCCACAUAACACACCUCUUUGAAAAUGAUCGUCAUUUUUCUCACCUCUCAACAUUGGAAAGGGAGAUGGCUUUUCGCACUGAAAUGGGAUUGUAUUAUUCCUACUUCAAGACGAUUGUGGAAGCACCCUCGUUUUUGAACGGAGUGUGGAUGAUUAUGAAUGAUAAGCUGACUGAAUAUCCCCUUGUUAUUAAUACAUUAAAAAGGUUCAAUCUUUACCCUGAGGUCAUCUUAGCCAGCUGGUACCGAAUUUAUACCAAAAUAAUGGACUUCAUUGGCAUUCAGACCAAGAUCUGCUGGACGGUCACCAGAGGGGAAGGACUCAGUCCCAUCGAGAGCUGUGAAGGAUUGGGAGAUCCUGCUUGCUUUUAUGUUGCUGUCAUUUUUCUUUUAAAUGGACUGAUGAUGGCAUUAUUCUUCAUUUAUGGCACAUACUUAAGCGGCAGCCGGUUAGGAGGCCUGGUCACGGUGCUGUGCUUCUUCUUCAAUCACGGAGAGUGCACCCGCGUGAUGUGGACGCCGCCGCUCCGCGAGAGCUUCUCCUACCCGUUCCUCGUGCUCCAGAUGCUGCUCGUGACUCACAUUCUCAGGGCCACGAAACUCUACCGAGGAAGCUUGAUUGCUCUGUGCAUCUCCAACGUGUUCUUCAUGCUCCCGUGGCAGUUCGCUCAGUUCGUACUUCUGACUCAGAUUGCAUCAUUAUUCACAGUAUAUGUUGUGGGAUACAUUGAUAUAUGCAAAUUACGGAAGAUCAUUUAUAUACAUAUGAUUUCUCUUGCACUUUGUUUUGUUUUGAUGUUUGGAAACUCAAUGUUAUUAACUUCUUAUUAUGCUUCCUCUUUGGUGAUUAUUUGGGGUGUGCUGGCAAUGAAACCACAUUUUCUCAAAAUAAAUGUAUCUGAACUUAGUUUAUGGGUCAUCCAAGGAUGUUUUUGGUUAUUUGGAACUGUCAUACUCAAGUAUUUGACAUCUAAAAUCUUUGGCAUUGCAGAUGAUGCUCAUAUUGGCAACUUACUAACAUCAAAAUUCUUCAGCUACAAGGAUUUCGAUACUUUACUGUAUACAUGUGCAGCGGAGUUUGACUUCAUGGAGAAGGAGACUCCACUGAGGUAUACGAAGACACUGCUGCUUCCAGUGGUCCUGGUGGUGUUUGCUGCGAUCGUCAGAAAGAUCAUUAGUGACAUGUGGGGUGUCUUAACUAAACCACAGACACAUCUAAGAAACCACCAGUGUGAGCAUGGAGAGCUGGUGUACCAUGCACUGCAGCUGGUCGCGUACACAGCCCUCGGUAUUUUAAUCAUGAGACUGAAACUCUUCCUGACACCACACAUGUGUGUCAUGGCUUCCCUAAUCUGCUCGAGACAGCUGUUUGGAUGGCUCUUUUGCAAAGUACACCCGGGUGCUGUUGUUCUUGCUCUGUUAGCAGCAAUGUCGAUACAGGGUUCCGCAAAUCUGCAAACCCAGUGGAAUAUUGUAGGGGAAUUCAGCAAUUUGCCACAAGAAGAACUUAUAGAAUGGAUCAAAUAUAGUACCAAACCAGACGCGGUGUUUGCGGGCGCCAUGCCCACGAUGGCGAGUGUGAAACUCUCUGCGCUUCGGCCCGUUGUCAACCAUCCACAUUAUGAAGAUGCAGGACUGAGAGCCAGAACGAAAAUAGUGUACUCGAUGUAUAGCCGGAAAGCAGCUGAAGAAGUGAAGCGAGAGCUGGUCAAGUUACAAGUGAAUUACUACAUCCUGGAAGAGUCGUGGUGCGUGCGGAGAUCCAAGCCCGGCUGCAGCAUGCCCGAGAUUUGGGAUGUGGAGGACCCCGCCAACGCUGGGAAGCCGCCCUUGUGUAACCUCCUGGUGAAGGACUCCGAGCCGCACUUCACCACCGUGUUCCAGAACAGUGUUUACAAAGUCUUAGAAGUUAUAGGAGAAUGACCGCGGCCCGCAGAGAAGGGUCACUCAUGGUUUUAACGUUUUGCUAAUAACUCAUGCCUUGUUUUUAAGCAGAUCCCAAAAACUUUUAUAGCUAACUGUUUUCAAAUAGGACAGAGUUUUAUUUGGUCUGUUCGAAUGUCAUUCUGAUUGUAAAAGUAUGUAUACCACUAUGAAUUGGGUACUAUUUCAAUGCACCCCUUAAAAUUUGCUAUGCAAAUGAGUAUAUGCUUGUAUUUGACUUAAACAUUUGUGCUAAAAGGAGCAAUGUUUCCUGUCUACAAAAUAAAUAGGUGAUGACAAAGAUGAUAUGAAAAUAUGGUCAAUUCUGAACUCCGUGGGGGCUGAUUUCACAGUUUAAGGACCAUUAAUGCCCUUGCUUUUGCAUCUGCCUCUUGCUCUUGUCUUUGGGACAUGCCAGUGAUCAUUGGCGCUCCUCAGCCCUGCUGGUCCCUGUCAUAAGGGUAGACGGGGCUGCCAGGGGUGGUUGCUGGGUGGAAUUACCUGUUUACUUCCCUUCUCCGUGUGCUUUCAUUCUUUGUCGCUCUUGUUAAUGAAGCAUUUCCUGCCCAUUAAUAAUCCAGACUCUAAGACCGAAUGGCCAGCUCCAUUGCUGUGCCAGCCAACAGUGAGGUGUUAGCGUUUCUUCUCCCUCCUCCCUCUCCCCCAACCCAACAUUCUUUGUCAAAUCAGUGGUAUUUACUCAGUUAGUUCCUUAUCAAGUACUUAUUCUUGGUUUAAAAAUAUUUAAUGGCGAGUGUAUAUUUUCUCAUUUUUAGUAUUAUUCAAAUGUGUAUAUUUUAAUACCUUUAAACCACUUUUAAAAUUUUUCAUGUUUAAUUGUAGUUUUAAGAAAAACUAUUUUGAACAACCUCAAAUGUAAUACAUCCAGAAACUAAUGUAUAUUUCUGUAGACAUAAUUUACAGUGAAACAAUAGACUGUAGUGUGUGGUAGCUUUUCUGUUACUAUUAAGAUAUACUACAACAUGACUAAUUUUUCUGUCAGAAAGUAAAUGAAUAAUAAUAUUGAAUGGAGUUUUUAUAAUUUACUUUUAAAAUUGCCUGUCUUUAAUAAGACAAAGCCUUAAGCCUUACCACUUUGGUUCUAAAAACCAUUUCAGUGUGAGGAAUGAAUAUAUUCAGCUUUCCUCUUUAUAUUUUUCUUCCUAUUUAUUUUUAUUUUUAAAAAUUUCCAAACCUCCUUUGAGUUCCUCCUAUGAAUUUUUGUUUUCUAGAGGUUGUGUGAAAUGAGAUUUUUCAGAACAGUGAGUCCUUGUAGCUCUGAGAAACGGUUUUAAGAUUCUAAAUUCUAAGCAAACCGUGCCUCUGGCGGGCUGCACAUUGAGUCAUGCAGCGUCCUCUAACCACAGGCAGGUUAGCCUCACUGGAGUGCCCUGAGCCCCGAUUCUCAGCGAGGGUGCCGGUGCCCACCCGGGAGCCACGCAUCGCGCUUGUCUCUGCCUCCUCACAGACCCAGGACCAGCCGGGUCAGCUUAGAGCAGACCUGAGCGUGCAGCCCCAGGCCUGGGUCCCGGGAACGUCCUUCCAGCCCCCCUGCCCGCCCCCCCCCAUUCUGUCCCUGUCUUUAGGUGCUUGUCCCCCCUCCCCCCCUUUGCCAUUUGCUGGGUGACUUUUACUUCUUGGGAAGUGGCCAGGGGAGUUGUGGCUGAGGAGGAGAAUUGAUCCAGAAAAAUGGGAUGAGGGACCUGAGCCCCUGAGGAUGGGCGUGUGGGGCGGUGGAGGGAAGCGCACUCCUCCGGCUGCAGCUGUUUCCCACCCAAGUGCGGCUCUUUUGUUUAUUCAGCGGGUACAAGACUUUGAAGAAAUGGUACUUUUAAAGUUAUUCUCUGUUCCUCCCCCCUCCAGUGAUUUCCUUCCUAAUAAGUUCCCAUGUCAUGAUCGGACAUUAAAUACAGUGGCCACUGGUUCCUGUGCUGGGGAGGGUAAAGUGGUCACGUUGGUGUCAUUCCAGGUCACGUGUGUCAGUAUUUGUAACUGGGCUCCCAGCAAGCUCUGGUUCUGCUCUCGGCCGACGGUGUGGGCAGGCCUCGGUCUGCGCGGCCCGCUGUCCCAGUUACCGUCACGGUCAUGGUCAUGUCCGGGGGCAGCCGCUGCUGCAGAUUCUAAAUCUCUUUUUAUGGCAACACAGCGUAGUAGUAGGUUUCAUAAAUGUGACAAAACAGUAUUGAAGUUCAGUAUUUUACACAUUUUUUAGCAUUUAAAGAUAUUUUUGCUUUAGUGUAAGGAAGGUAAGGAUGGGCAAGGAGGCGAUAAAGACAGCUGUGCUCUGAUGGGAACAAACGAAGCCAGGGCAGUAGUUCUAGAAGCUCAGCCCCUGGCAGCGCUUGGCAGAAGCAGUGCAUGUUAGGGUGAGGCGGGUGAGGAGAGGGGAGGGUGCGUCAGGAACACGGUGAUGUGACAGAGGAGCGUUGUAUUUUUAUGACUUUUAUGCCGGUUGUUUACAUGUACUAUGUAUGUUAAAUAAAAAAGAUCAUGAAAAUACGA